AUGUCACAUGGGAAACAACUGAAAUUUGACAAUCAAGUCGUGGGAGAACCUACCAAAUGUGUUUCCUAUAUUUCCACUCCUACCGGUGAUACAAAUCUUGUCAGUCCUUUGCCGCAGUACUACAAUGGUCCACUACAACUUGUUUACAACGCAUUUGGUUUGCCUGCUCUGCCUAGUAUAUCAACUGGUCAAAUAUUAUCUCGACAUCUGUUUACUUCAAGUACCCCAGUCACUAAACCUUCCCGUGAGAAAAAUUCGUUAAACAAAACCAAUACGAACGUUACAAUAACAGUGGAAUAUCCUAGUAAGACUGUCAAUAAAACCCUCACAUCAGAGUUCGAAGGUACUGGAAAACCAAUAGUCCAUGGUCCUCCUUCGAGAAUUGCCAAGGCAGUUUUUAAAUGCGAAUCCAUCAGAACGCUUGUGAUUGAACAGGUGUUGCGUGCUGUUUCCAACGAAGUGGACAAUUUGUGUUCUAAAAGAGAUCCCUCCCUGUUAAGAAAAAAUGAAAAGGAUGACCUUAUAAACUAUGAUAUGCUUAAAUUGUGUGAAGAAUGGAAAAGAAGAGCCCCAAUAUUUUAUGCAUUCCUUUUAACAUGUAGUACCUCAAAACGUCACAUUCAUCAUAGUACAUGGUUCCCAAGUAUUGCCGUAUCAGGAUCUAUACUCUUGAAGCAGCGUAAUAACCAUAUGAGUGCAACAGCCAUUGUCAUUGGAUUACUUUUGAAAACAAAGUCUAUCGAGGUAUGAACUUGGAUUUUUAUAUGUAUAUUAUAAAUAUUUUGUUUUAUGCAUAUCAGAGUUUGGCUAUAAAUCUUUUAAUAUCUUCACCCCAUAUCUACUGUACCAUUCGCUCUGGAUAAAAACAAUUUCAGGUGUGUUACUGUAUUAGUGUAUCUGCACUCCUGUUCAUAUAACUAUAAGAAUAUUUUUUAAAACACAAGCUAGGUUGCACAAAGAGAGCCCCCCAAUUAAAGUCCCUAAUAAUGUUCUACAUGUACAGUAUAUUCCUACUCCUAGCCUGGAUCACAUGGUGUUAUAUUACUAGCCUGUAGCAGAGAGUACAGGCAUAAAACUUAUGAGCCUGCUGGGUAAUCGUUCCAUGUUUCGCGCACCAAUAUAGUAAACGUUAUGUAAUGGAUAUUAUAGUGUACUGAAAAGUUCACUACAGUAGAUACCUCCAUACACAUAUAACACACCCUAACCCCAACCCCUAACCUAACCUUAAUACCUAACCCCUAACCCUAACCUAUAUUGGUGCGCGAAACAUGGAAUGAUAACCGCCUGCUGUUUAACAUGACUGAACAAUUUUUUGCUGAACAAUAUUGUUGAGUUUGAAUCCGGGUGUAACAAUGUUGUUCAAUAUUGUUGACAGCUGUGAAUAAUGUGAGUAAACAUGGUUCAAUCCUGUUUUCAUAAUUUAUUCCUCGCUAAUUGCACAGUCAAACAGCAGCAUUUUUACCUCAGUUUGUAUCCUCAUCUGUGAUAUUAAAUCUGAGUUGCAUAUCUAAGUUAAGCUUUCUAAAACUGGAUUUUGUUUUUUUUUUGUUAUAGGCCACCCUGAACAGAUUUAGUAAGUUGAAGCUUGCUACAUCAAAUUAUCGUACCUUAUUAAAGCUAGAAGCAAUUGGCCAGUCUCAUGAUAUCCGUCUGCAUGAAGUCAAGGACAUAAUAGUCAAUGAACAUAAAGCAAUAGAGAAGAAAAAACAGGAAGUUAAUGAGUUGAAAACAAUUUUGGCUGAGCAAGACGUGGAAUCUAAACAUGAUCAUCAGCAAGAAUCUGUUUCAUCUAAGCUUAAGAAAGCCGCCACUGAGUUGAAGGAUGCACAAAGAAAAUGUCACCCUGGUUUUUUGAUUGCUUUUGACAAUAUUGACUUUCAUCUGAAAAGAAGAAAUAUGACAAUGACAUCACAAAACAGGGACAUACACUGGGUAAAUCAUGUUAUGAUUGAGAAUAGGGUGUCUGGCAACCAUUUGUCAUCCAAAGGACCAAAAGCUGAUAUUUAUGAUAUACCAAACAUCAUUUUCCUUUCCAGUGUUGUUGAUCAAAGACAGCAGAGGCUCAAUUAUACUGUUCUGGUGUCGAGGAUAUUAUCUGACUAUUUUGAUGCAUUUGCUGAGUUCAAAGAUGUGUGUGUUAAACAUAUACCACAUAAAUACAGCAAAGAAAUGUCUGAAAAAUCAGAUAAGGUUAGUUCAAAACAAUGGUACUAAUUGGCACAUUGGAAGAUAUUAUCCAUUCUGUGGUGUUAGCUGGCAGGUGUCCGGUUGUUGAGUAAUGGGGGCAUCCAAGCCUGGGGCCCCUGGUAAAAUGACCACAAAAUUUUUGCCAGUACAUUUCCAAUAAAUUGAAUAAUGAAAAACAGUUAAUAAAAUACAUGAAUUAAUUAUUACAACAAGGAUACUUCUCAUAUACCUUUUUAACCUAGGAUUUUCAUUGUUUCAAAAGAAAGGGCGGAAAAAGCUUUGGCACUGCAUUAGGGUUAAAGACUUUCACACAUAACAGGAGGGACGAAGCAAAAUGUUAGUGGGGUUUAACACUCUAUGAGAGGGGUUUUAGAGAGAUUCUAGGGGGGUUAAUCCCCCUCCCCCCAGUAAAUCCACCCCCAUGAUUAUUAGCAUUUUGAGUAUGCGCUGCAAGAUGAUCUGGUUAAUUGAUAAAUUAAGUGAGUCGUUUCAUCUAAUUUAAGUAUAUCUCUUUUUGUAGACCCCACUGGGAAUCAUAUUUAAGAAUGAAAAUGUCAAUGACGAAAUGUUGUCAAUUUUGCAACAAUUUCAUAAAUAUCUUCCAGAUAUUGGGGAGGAUAAGUUUGAUGGGGAGUUAUUUGCUGGAGACCAGCUCACUGUUGAGAGAGCAGUAAAUAUAAUUUCUUCAGUUUCUAAUGGUUAUUCUGCAGAAGCAAGACUUGAAGGCAUGCAUUUUCAACUAGGUGAUUGGCAUGCAGCUGUCAAAUUCCUUGAU